CCUGAUCAGAUGAGCAGAUUAACAUGGGCAAUUUUGUUACCAGCGAUGCUGAUGGCAAUUCACAACAGGAACAAGCAGAUAUUGUCUUUGAAAUGACAGGAGUGUUUUCUUCUUCUUGUCUGCGAGGGACUAAAUUGCUUGCGACUCCUACUUCUGCACCGGUUUUUAUCCUGUCUGUUGCCGGUUAAUCCUUUCUUUGCCUUGUAAGAUGUCUAUGAGAACUCUCCCCCUGGUUUUCAUUAAUCUCGGUGGAGAGAUGCUUUAUAUACUGGACCAGCGCCUUCGAGCUCACAAUACAUCUGAGGACAAUUCAGACAAAGGUGUAUGGUCAGAGAAUGACAGAAAAAGAGUAAUGAAUGACAUCGUUGGGACCAUGUUUAGUAAAGCCUUUAUGGAUGAACUUCUCAAGCCCCAGCAGCUGUAUUCGCACAGGACGCUGAAAACAGUGCUGACUCGGUUAGCACACGCCUCCAUCAUGAGGCUCAACCCAGCCAGCAUGGACAGACUUUAUGAGCUUAUGGUCAUGGCUUUCAAACACCAAGUCCUCCUUUGUCCCCGGCCAAAAGACUUGCUGCUUAUUUCAUACAAUCACUUAGAUACCGUCAGGGAGUUUGUGAAAGACACUCCUGCAGCUGUGAACCAAGUGGAUGAGACACAUAGGAGGAUCAUUGAGACAUAUGGAUUGCUCUCUGAGGGUGAACUCCAGCUGCUCAGACAAACGCUGCUCAUAUUUUUCCAAGACAUGCAUGUUCGUGUGUCACUUUUCCUCAAAGAUAAAGUUCAGAAUCCAAAUGGACGCUUCGCCCUCCCAGCCUCAGGCCCAGUGCCUCAUGGGAUAGAAGUUCCAGGGUUAAUUAGGAUGUUCAACAGCAAAGGGAGGGAGGUGAAGCGGUGCGAGUUCCCCACAGGAGGCAGCUACUCGAGCUCCAUCCGGCAGGGGUCCUUUGAGCUGCAUGGAGACAGAGUCGUCCGACUGGGCAGGAACAUGUACAGUGUGUGCCAUCCAGAAGAGACACAUACAUCCAAGCCUCCAUCUGUGAAGACAGAUGACUCCCCCAACCUCCUGGCCAAAGAGGAGCUGAACCUGCUGGCCCGUCUGAUGGGCUGCAUGAAGGUGGAGAACGUGCAGAGGUCUGGAACGGGCUUCCGAAUCAACCUGUUUAGCACCGACAAGGAGGAGGAGGAGGCGGGAGCAAGCGGGGCUGACGACUCCAUGUUCGGAGUGAUAAAUAUUCAGGCGAUGCAGGAUGUGCAGGCGAGUACGGAGCUGGCCCGAAUCGCUGGAGAGUUUGCAGAUCUGCCGGAAAAUCCCAGUGGCAGCAAAGGAGACGACCUGUUGGCCAUGAUGGAUGAUCUCUGACUCCAGUGUUUGACGCUGAACUUGAAGAUGAAGUGAGGACAAUUUUCUGCCAGACAGUCAAAGAUCUUAUUGCACAUAAACUGGUAAACUUGCAACUGCUGUCCUGGUUGGCUUGUAUCUUGUAUCUCAGGUACAAUCACUUUAUCUGUCACUGUGAACUCAUUUCUACUUAAUAUGCAAAUAAGGAACUGUAAAUGUAUUCAGUGCUACCUCUGAUAACUUCACACUGUUGCACAGCAAACUAGAGAGCAAGAUAACCACACAAAUGAAGAAUAAUGUCAAAUUCAGUCGUAUAACCCCCAUAUGUACAGCAAUGAUUUCAAUUUUAUUUAAAUAUGAGUGUUUCAAACUGUUAGCACUUGAAAAACGAUCACA